CCCACGCUCUAUAUAAGGGCGCUAAGGAAUAGGCUUCCUCCCCGUGCUGGUGUCUCUCGACGCCGCAUGUACUCAGCGGACUGGGCCGCGGCGCUGGCGGCCGGGCGGACCACGCCUGACGACGAGUGGGCCGUCGUCCCCUGCACUAGCGGCUGGGAGUACAACCGGACUGACGUGCCGUAUAGCACCAUCGCUUCUGAGCUGGACUGGGUGUGUGAGAACGACAACCUGCCUGCGACGGCUCAGGCCAUCUUCUUCUGUGGUGCCAUAGUGGGAGGGCUGAUAUUCGGCUGGAUCGCCGAUAAGUAUGGGAGGGUCUCCGCUUUGGUUGGUACAAACCUCAUAGGCUUCGUGGCGGGAGUCGGGACGGCAUUCUGCAACAGUUUCUGGUCCUUCGCGCUCUGUCGGUUCCUGGUUGGAUUCGCGUUUGACAACUGCUUCACCAUGAUGUAUAUCUUAGUUUUAGAAUACGUGGGUCCAAAAUGGCGGACGUUCGUGGCGAACAUGUCCAUAGCUCUGUUCUUCACCCUGGCAGCGAGCCUCAUCCCGUGGAUCGCGCUCUGGGCCGACGACUGGAGGAUAUUUACUUUGGCCACAAGUGUGCCUUUUGCGCUAGCCUUGGCCACGCCGUAUGUCGUGCCGGAGAGUGCCAGGUGGUUAGUAUCUCAGGGAAAGAUUGACAAAGCUCUGGUCAUCCUGAAGAAAUUCGAGAGAAUCAACAAGACCAAGAUACCUGAAAAAGUGCUUAGUGAUUUCACUGAAUCCUCACUAAAAACCCUCAAAGAGAACGAAGCGGAGGACCGAACCUACUCCGUUCUAGACCUCUUCAGGACCCCACGGCUGAGGCGUAACUCCAUCCUGCUCAUCAUCAUCUGGAUGGCGAUAUCCCUGGUCUUUGAUGGACACGUCCGGAAUGUGGGGUCUUUGGGUCUGGAUAUAUUCCUGACGUUCACCAUUGCGUCUGCGACUGAGUUACCGGCUGAUACUUUCUUGACCGCUGUUUUGGACAGAUGGGGUAGAAGAUGGCUGGCUUGCGGCUCCAUGGUCGUCAGUGGAAUAUUCAGCUUGCUGGCCACAACGGUGCCUGUCGGCGGCCCAUCAGCCUCGCUCGCCAUCAUGGGCCGCUUCGCCGUGAACAUCUCGUACAACAUCGGGCUGCAGUACUGCGCCGAAUUACUUCCCACCGUGGUGCGCGCGCAAGGCGUCGCACUGAUACAUAUUAUGGGUUAUGUGGCGUCGAUUGUGGCUCCGUUUGUGGUUUAUCUGGCCAACAUCUCCCAAGACCUGCCCCUCCUCAUCCUGGGCGCGCUGGGCGUGGGCGGCGGGCUGCUGUGUCUGCUGCUGCCGGAGACCAUGCACGCGGACCUGCCGCAGACGCUGGCCGACGGGGAGAGCUUCGGCCAGCACCAGCGCCUGUGGGACAACCCCUGCUUCAGCAGGAAACCAGACCAGGACGAAAAAGACGAAGAGGCCCAAAACCCUGAGCGAUACGUGAAGAGAUCCUCAAUAUCGGAGCCAGAAGCGUUCACCAGAUCCAUGCCCAGUGCUAUCGGGUCGCGCGCAUCCAUCAGAGCAUCUAUUAGAGCGUCCACUCGGGGGUCGAUGAGGAGACGAGAGAGGAACGAAAAUGUCGCGUGAUCAUUAGAAUAGGGGUUUUGUUUGUCAAGAUUAUUAUUGUAGUGUGAUAGAAAUUAUACUUGAUAAAUUAUGGAUAGUGAUUUUGGAAGUUUUGGACUUUUUAGAUAGUCCAAGCUUAGCUAUUCGUCCAAUAUAUGGGUCCAAUGGAUAGGUAUGACCGUGGAAAUGUAUUCUGAAACGAUUUUAAAUUAUAUUCGGUCAUAGGUUGAGCGUGUGUUUCAACUUUGUAGUGAAUACGCAGGCAGGAUAGAAGGGUUUUUUUCGCACCGGAUUUCCUGAUAGUAGUUACUUACCUACUUACCUGCAUACAAAAAAAAGUAUAUGUACUUGUGACGAUAAGUAAACAAAACUCAUGUUGCCUUUUUGUCAUUCUGUACGGACUAGAAGAAUGUUUACGCUAAAAAAGAUUGAAAAAAAUUGGUUACUUUUAGAGUCAAAGUUUGGAAGUUAAGUUUCAAAAUUAAACAUGGU